AUGAUCGACGCGUCUGCAGAACUUCCCGCCAUCGCUAAGCUCCAGUACCUGCUUUCAUCGCUAAAGGGAGAAGCAGCUUUACCCUUUGAGCACACCCCUUUAACAUCCGACAACUAUCCAGUUACGUGGGCGGCACUUCUGAAGCGGUACGAUAAUUCACGGUUGUUAAUCCGUGAAUAUUAUCGUAAAUUGCACCAUCUUCCAGGUGUGCAAUCGGUGUGCGUUGACAAGCUUACGCAUUUAGUGGACGAAUUCACUCGCUUUGUCAACGGAUUGGUGAAGCUGAAGGAACCGGUGGAUGCAUGGGACACGCCGCUUUCGAAUAUGCUGAUGAUGAAGCUGGAUCGUGAGACGCUGCUGGCUUGGGAAAAACAUUCCGUGCAUUUCCCAAAGGAUAAGUACAAGGAUGUGAUCGCUUUUCUGCAGGAUCGGAUCCAGAUCCUAAAAUCAACGAAUGAUUUUGCAUGUGAGCAUAUUGGUAAUGUAAGAAAGGUGGCCGGCAAUCAUCAUCAGUCAGUGCAAAAAAGGUCCAUCGCAAAUGCAGCUGCAUCAAACGCGACACUUUCCUCACCCCCGGCUCAUUCUCAGCAAUUGAAGUGUCCCUUAGCAUGCACCGACGCUCAUCUUCUACGUAACUGUCCGAUAUUCAUCGCUAAGGAUGUUCAGCAGCGACGAGAUGUCGUUACAAACAAGCACCUGUGUUGGAAUUGUUUGAGUGGCACUCAUCACGUCAAAUCAUGCAAAUCUGAUUAUUCGUGUAGAACGUGCCGUCAACGUCAUCAUACACUUCUGCAUAUCACUCCGGCCACAGCAGUUACCAUGGCAGCACAUUUGGAAGACGAUAAGGUGUUUCUAGAGACGGCACAGAUUGUGAUUCGAGAUGAUUACGGUAAUGAGCAUGAGGCAAGGGCUCUACUGGAUUCGGGGUCCAUGUCGAAUUUCAUCUCUGAGGAAUGCGCUCGAAAACUAUUGACCAACCGCAACAAGGUCAAUAUUGCUGUUUCGGGCAUCGGAAAUGCGGUGGUACAUCAAGUAAGGGGUUCGAUCGUCGCUACAGUUCGGUCCAAGAAUCAACCCUUCGCUACGGAAAUGGCUUUCUUGAUUUUGGACAAGCCAUCAGCUGCCAUCCCUACUUCAUUCUCGGACAUCUCAUCGUGGAAAAUGCCAGAUGUGGCAUUAGCUGAUCGCGCCUUCAACGUUCCGGGGGAAGUCGACAUCAUCAUCGGAGGCGAUACUUUCUGGGAGCUUCACACCGGUCGCAAACGCUCUCUCGGUAUGGGAAGACCGUGGCUGGUGGAAACCCAUUUCGGUUGGGUGGUCACCGGAAACAUUCAUCAUUCAUCGCCUGGUCCGCGACUGUGUCAUCUCGCAGCAAACGACAUACCAUUAGAAGACAUCAUGCAGCGGUUUUGGCAGAAUGAAACCAUAGCCGAGGAUACUGUCUUAUCGGUGGAAGAAGAUGCCUGCGAAAGACACUACGUGGCUACUACCGUCCGCAACACUUCGGGAAGGUAUGUCGUUAGUUUACCGUUUAAUUCCAAUCCUCAUGUCGUUUUAGGGGAUUCUAAAAUCACAGCAGAUCGCAGGCUUCGUUGUAUGGAACGUCGUCUGAGCGAUAACCCUAAAAUGAAGGAGGAGUACGUGAAAUUCAUGGUCGAGUACGAGCGUUUGGGUCACAUGAAGAGGUUAAGUGAUCCGGUAGACGAUUCGGUUCAGCACUACUACCUUCCUCAUCACGCAGUAGUGAAGGAGACAAGCACAACAACCAAAGUCCGAAUCGUGUUCGAUGCAUCGUGCAAGUCUUCGUCUGGCUAUUCACUCAACGACAAGCUACUAGUUGGGCCGGUGAUCCAAGACGACUUGUUCACCAUCAUUGUGCGCUUCCGGUCACAUGCAAUCGCGCUAUCAGCAGAUGUGGAGAAAAUGUACCGCCAAAUUCUCCACGAACCUAGCGACGGAAGGUACCUUCGCAUUCGGUACCGGGAAAGUCCUGCACAGCCAAUUCAGACCUUCCAGUUGCUGACAGUAACCUACGGAACCGCAUGUGCACCAUUUUUGGCAACGCGAACUUUAAAGCAAAUUGCUCAUGACCACAAGGCACAAUAUCCUCGAGCAGUGAACUCAGUACUGAACGACUUCUACGUGGAUGAUUUGCUCACGGGUACCGAUGACGUAUUGGAGGCAGUUGAGAUGCGGGCACAGAUCUCAGAGAUGCUCAAAUCGGCUGGAUUUUCAUUAAAAAAGUGGGCCUCUAACGUACCGGAAGCAUUACAGAACAUCCCAUCGGAGGACUUGGCAGUUCUCCCGACGCAUGAGUGGCAAGAUCCCCAAUUCGUAUCCACCCUGGGGCUCAUGUGGGAACCAGCAACUGAUAUGCUUCGCGUGCGGAUUGGUCUACCAACUGCUGCCCCGGUGAUGACAAAGCGGCUAACACUAUCAUACAUAGCGAAAAUCUUUGACCCCCUCGGAUUGCUGAGUCCAACCAUAAUCAUCGCUAAGCUCUUCAUGCAGCAAUUGUGGUCGUUAAAGACAAACGGGAAAUCAUGGGACUGGGAUAGUGAGCUACCAUCACAUCUCCAGCGGGAAUGGUCGGCGUUCCAUUCUAAGCUUCAUUCACUGCGUGAAGUGAGCAUCCCGCGAUACACUUCGGUUAAACAAGCAACAUGUGUGCAGCUGCACAUCUUCGCGGAUGCUUCGCAGGUAGCAUAUGGUGCUUGUUGCUACGUCAGAGCAGAAAGCCAGCACAAAAUAUCGGUACAACUAGUGGCAGCCAAAUCCAAGGUUGUUUCUCUGACAAACACAAAUUCAAUCGCCAGAUUAGAGCUCUGUGCGGCGAGAUUGGCAGUAGACUUGUUCCGGAAGGUAAUUCAGUCUCUCAACGGCACUUACGAAGCAUUCGCUUGGACUGAUUCUAUGACCGUUCUACACUGGCUGAAUUCUACACCUCGACGAUGGAAGCCAUUUGUGGCAAACAGGGUGGCUCAGAUUCAGGAAGAGACCAGAAUCAAGGGCUGGAAGCAUGUACCCGGUGUAGACAAUCCAGCAGACGAUGUGUCACGAGGUCUACUUCCAGACAAAUUGCUGGAUUGUCAUCGUUGGUGGCACGGGCCACAUUGGUUAAGCAGAAAGAUAGAAGAUUGGCCUCAGAGUGAACCUGCAAGAGACGAGAUCGAAUCAUCAGAGGAAGAACGAGUUCAUCCGCGCAUGGCUGCUGUGUCCACUAUAAACGAGUUUAGCAGCACACUCUUCAAACGGUUUUCCAUUUACCAUAGGCUCAGGCGAACUAUGGCGUAUUGCUUACGUUUCAUCAAUUGUCUAAGGGCAGGCAAAUCAUCACAUACUCCAUCUACAAAAUCUCAUGCCACGGUUCAGGAGCUGAUCACGUUAGUUCCAUUACUGACAAAGAGUGAGUUGCUUGAAGCAGAACGUCGGUUGUGUCAUCUCGCCCAGCAGGAGUCGUUUUCGGAUGAGCUGCACGAGAUCAAGAACAGUAGAGAUGUUCCGCGCAACUCAAAAUUGAAGUGGCUGUCGCCGUUUAUUGAUCAGUCGGGAAUCCUGCGUGUUGGUGGCCGGCUGCGCAAUGCACAAAUGAGCGAAUCAUCGAAGCAUCCUAUAUUGCUCUCAUCUAAGCAUCAAUUGGCGGUACUGCUAGCGGUGUCAUAUCACGAGAGACACUUACACGCCGGUCCGGAAUUAUUGUUAUCCAUAAUUCGUCAACGGUUUUGGAUAAUUGGUGGGCGCAAUUUAACAAAGGCUGUUAAUCCGUCGCUGAUCUUCCUACUUCAAGGGUUUCACCAACAAGGCCGUUUGCUGUGAGUGGCGU